GUUAUAACCCUGCAUAUUUACUUAUUUCUUUGCUAUUAUUGGAUUCGUUUCGUCCCAUCUUUCCUUAUACACUCACUAUGAAGUUAUUUACUCAGACGCUCGGAACCGUUGCUGCCGCCACUAUCGCUGUAGCAUCGAACAGCGGCGGGAAUCCUCUGGCAACAUCAGACCAACGAGAUCUUGAUGCGCUCUCCAUAAAGAUAAAUGAAGACCACGACUUUGGAUUUCUUAAGGCAGAGGCCAAAGCUACUUUCCAAAUAGCACAUGGGCUUCCCAUAAGCCAGGAAGCCAAUUCGAGAAUCGAUGCCGCUAUAGACGAGCUGGCAUUUAGUUCUAUUCAAAAAGCAGUGAACAAUGACCCUUACUAUCCGAAGGUUUAUUGGGUAGAUGCCGGCCCUCGGAAUUGGUUUGGACUAGACGUACCUGGCGGACGAUAUUCUUACGAUAAUCCGGAUUGCAUAUAUAGAACGAUUCCAAUCAGCAGCAAACUUCGUUAUGUCCUAAGAGGAUAUCGUCACCCGGAGGGACCGACGGAUGUCACGUUCUCGCUCAUCAGCGAUCCGAAUUCGCAAAAUACGGUAGCAAGCCUGGCUGGUGAUGACCUUGUUGUAGACGCAGAUGGAUCCUACACGAUUACUAUUGACAGCUCGUCUGGUGAGGGGCAAACAAACCACAUCAAAUCCUCUUUACUGGCACAGCAACUCUUCGUUCGCAAUAAUCUGGGCAACUGGCAAGUCCAAACAGCUGAUAACCUUACGGUUGAGCUCAUUGACGAUGCAACGGGACAUAAACCCAUCGAUGAGACGGCUAUCGUUCACCGGGCUCAAUGGAACCUUCAGGAGUCCAUCAUUGACUAUGGCGUCGGUGCCCUUGGAUUGAAGACAAUGAUCAACCCCGUCAACACGCUAUCCAAACCCAGCCAGUCAAGCACCCUCGGCACGCUCACCACGCAGGCAAGUUCAUUUGGCCACUUCAAUUUGAAGGCCGGCGAGGCCAUCGUUGCCACCCUCUCCAUAGGAGAAGCCGACUACUUCGUCUUCCCCGCCACGGACCCCUGGCUUAUUACUGUCGAUCCAGGAGCAUAUCAGCUCAGUCUCAACAGCGAGCAGGCUGUCGCUAAUGCAAAUGGAACGUACACGUUUGUUGUGUCCCGGACAGAUCCAGGGGUCAGUAAUUGGAUUGACACGGCUGGGCUUAAUGAGGGCACCAUUAUGGUUCGCUGGCAGGGACUGCCAACGGACUCGUCCGAUAAGGACAAUGGGGUUGCUAUUGUCACUCAGGUGGUUCAGAUUUCCCAGCUUGCUGAUGUGCUUCCAAGCGGGACGAAGUAUGUGACGCCAGAGGAACGCAAGGAGCAUCUUGCCCAACGUGCUGCGGGAUAUGCUCAGAGAUUUCAAUAUUGAGGUUUUAGGUAACGCUGGUAAGGUAUAAUUUGAUGCUAAGUACAAGAUAGAAUCUCUAUCAGUGGAGAAAAUACUCAUGGUGGGAAGAAACAGAAUACUCGUGUUGUCCGAAUGUGUUUCAUAGACCCUGUGCAUGGCAAUGAGCAGGACGUUGGCAACUAUACCCCUAUAUAGAUAGAGUAUCUAGAACUUUAAUAGGUUGCUUCAAUAUUUU